AUGCCACUCACAGUCGCGGGGAAACACCGACGAGUUCGAUUCCCCUCUCAAUCCGCAUCGAUAGCGCGGGAACAGACGCGCCCAGGGAAGCGCCCUGCGAGCUCACAUCCGGCCGGGAAAAUGUCCAGCCAAGAGGUACCUAGACCGGGGAUCCCAGCCCUGUUCACGCAGCCGCCGCCCAUCCGCGACCCGCUCGUGACAGAGUCUAUCGAUCUGCAAGACGCGACCCUUGAGAAGUGUCUCCCGUUUCUCAAGGGCAUCCAUAGUAAUCAGAAGGGCCCAUUCAAUGCAUAUGGCGUUCCUGCACUCCAGCGUGACGAUCAUGUAGCCUAUCUCUAUGAUGCCCUGGAAGAUUACCCCGCUGGCUUCGUCGCCAUGGAUGCCAGUCGCCCGUGGAUGGUCUACUGGGCCUUGGCGGGGCUGUCUUUGUUGGGUGAAGAUGUUACUCGGGUUCGUCAACGCGUCAUCGAAACACUACGGCCGAUGCAGAACCCUACGGGCGGCUUUGGUGGCGGCCAUGGCCAAACAUCGCAUGUUGCUGGAGCUUACGCCGCUGUUUUAUCGCUGGCCAUGGUUGGAGGCGAAGAAGCCUUCGCGGUAAUCGAUCGGCAGUCCAUGUGGCGAUGGCUGGGCCGAUUGAAGCAGGCGGACGGAGGCUUUCGCGUUUGUGAAGGCGGGGAAGAGGACGUGCGCGGUGCAUAUUGCGCUAUGACGAUCAUCUCGCUUCUUGACUUGCCCCUGGCUCUGCCGCCCCAUGCGGUAGCUCGAUCUGCAGGGAUGGAAACAUUCACGGAUGAGCUUCCUAAUUAUUUGGCGAGGUGUCAAACCUUCGAGGGAGGUAUCUCCGGUAGCCCUGGUGUAGAAGCCCAUGGAGCAUAUGCUUUCUGCGCAUUGGCUUGCUUGUCGAUCAUAGGUCCCCCGGAGGAAACAAUUGCCAGAUGUAUGGAUCUGCCCCUCCUUCUAUCAUGGCUAUCUGCUCGGCAGAAUGCUCCGGAGGGAGGAUUCUCCGGAAGGACAAACAAGCUAGUAGAUGGAUGUUACAGCCACUGGGUCGGCGGAUGCUGGCCACUGCUGCAGUCUGCAAUGGAUGGAAAGCCGCUAUCUAGCGGUCCUCCCACGCAAACCGUGGGCAGUUUGUUUAGCCGUGAAGGAUUAGACCGAUAUAUCCUCAGCUGCUGCCAGUCUCCGCACGGCGGUCUUCGCGAUAAGCCGGGAAAGAGUCCGGAUUGUUACCACACCUGCUACGUGUUGACGGGCUUGAGCGCAACUCAGUACAGUCAUUACCGCACAGACACCAGUGCUUCGUCCAGCGAGACGUUUGCAUCCGCCUUUUCCUGGAAGUCCACGCCGAUCCGCAAGGAUAAUGUCUUUGAGAAGAGCGACCGACUCACUGCUUUCCACCCGGUUUUUGUCAUCCCGCACCAAGCCGCUGAGCGAAUGCGUCUCUGGUAUGAAUCUGAAGCCUUCUGA